CCUAUCGUCACGAUCACGUGCCCUUUUCCACCGCCCUUUCUGCCUACCAGUAGGAGCGUUUGUUCACGUCCAUCUCCCCAGUCGAUCUCUAUCCAUUAGGCAAAUGACCUCUUUGAUUCGGUUCUCCUUCUAUUUGGCGUCCUCGAGAGAAGCAGGAAGAGUGUUGUGGGGGAUCUGAGGGUCGAAGAUGUGUGGAGGGGCGAUCAUCUCCACCAUCAUUCCGGCGGGCCCGAGGUCGCGACGGCGGACUGCCGGCUACCAGUGGCCGGACCCGACGAUUGAAUAUGGAUUGAAGGAGUGGGAGAAGCCGAAGGAGAAGAGAUGGACCAUCCGUGGCCCUCGUCGCGCUUUGGAGAAGACGGACGACGACUUCGAGGCGGAUUUCAUGCAGUUCGAGGAGGACGACGAGGAUGACCUCUUCCACUUCAAGCCCUUCGCUUUCGAUUCGAGAGAUAAACCAGUCCCUCUGAGGCCUUCAGUGAUUGAUAAACCUUCAUCUAAGUCUGCUACAAAGAACAGAAAGAAUCGAUAUAGGGGAAUCCGCCGGCGUCCCUGGGGGAAAUGGGCAGCUGAAAUUAGAGAUCCGUGUAAGGGAGUACGUGUCUGGCUUGGAACCUUUAACACUGCUGAAGAAGCUGCCAGAGCAUAUGAUGCUGAAGCUCGUAAGAUCCGCGGCAAAAAAGCGAAGGUCAAUUUCCCUGAUGCAGCAUUCCCCCGUGUCCGGACGUUGCUUACAAAACUGACUGAACCAGAAACUCCAAGAACAGAGAUGCCCAGAACUGAUAAGUGCUUCAAUUACUUGAAUGACCCAUUUCAAGAUUUCAGCUCUAGUUUUGACUUCACUGAAGUGGAGCCCAUUAUACAAUCUGAGGAACUGAGUCCAUUCCCAGUUAUAAAACCCGCUCCACCUACUGUGAUAGCGGGGAUGCAUUUAUAUUCUGACCAGGGAAGUAACUUAUUUGGUUUCCCAGAAAAUGAAUCUCUAAAUGAAGCUAAAACUCCAGAUAUCUCAUCAGUUCUUGCUGCAACAAUUUUUGAAGUUGAAAAUGCAGCAUACUUGGAAAAUGGUGGUACUAAAAAACAACUAAAUAACAUUGUAGGACAAUCUGUGCUUAAUAAUGAAAAUGCUUCUGGAAAAACUUUCAAAGAAUUGUCUGAUUUUGAACUGUACAUGAAGUUUUUCCAGCAACCUUAUUCAGAUGGGAGCACAGAUGACUUGAUUAACAACCUUCUCAGUGGUGAUUUCACUCAAGAUAUGAGCAACGUGGAUCUCUGGAGUUUUGAUGGCAUGGCACCGAUGGGAGGCAGUGUCUUCUGAGGGUACUCGAAAUAUGACAUUCAGUGUUGUGUCGAUAGGAUAUAAGAAUGCUCUCCUUUAAUAAAAUGUAUGCAUUUUAUGGUUCUGUUUAUCUUUUUUCUCUUGCUUGUUGAGCUGUUUCUCCUCUUUUUUUUCAUAUUGGAGGGAGCUUCUGCUGACGCAGGAUCUAAAAUUGUCGCGUAGACUGAUUUAUGUAAUUUACAGGAUUCUGAGUAUAGGAGUUCUGUCUGAGUACUGGAUUUGCAAUCCUAAUGUUGGUUAAACAAUCAGUGUAUUAGAAACUGUUGAUUAUUGUUUUGGCUUUAUGCCUGAUAUUUCUAAUGAAGAUACCUGUGGACAUCAUGGUCA